AGCAGCACUGUGAAAGCAGCCUCCUCUGUUUGGCACCUUCAUAGCUAUGAACACAGCACAGAGGUCCUAUAGACACCAGGUAUUAGCAUGUGAGCAACCUCCUGGUGAUCAGUGAACCAUGGGGGGAGCUUGUGCCACCAUCCUUGUUACUGUUCAGAAGAUCUACUACCCACUCCUUUGCGUCAUAGGUAUUCCAGCUAACAUCUUUACGUUCUAUAUGAUCUGCUUUCGUAAAUGUGGGAUGUCAAAUACGACCAUCAUAUACCUGAGCUGUCUGGCCAUCGUAGACACCUUCUACCUGGUGUGGGUGAUCCUUAUUGAUCUGACCCUCACCUUCUGGCUACAGCAGCCCUUCUGGCACUCCUACCCUUGGUGUGGCAUCUUGGGAAUCCUGCAGUAUGGAUCGCUCUAUAGUUCGUCCUGGAUAGUGGUAGUGUUCACCAUUGAGCGCUACCUCGUCCUCCGUAGCACAGUGGUUAAGCAGCACUUCUCCCAUGCAUGGGUCACUAAGCUGACAUGUGUGGCUAUCAUCCUAGUGUCACAUCUUGUCUCUGUGCCACUGGGCUGGAUUAACAUUGUUACAUCGAUCAACUUUACGCUGGAUGGACAGAAUGUUACGCUUCCCAGGUGUCUUUACCGUAAUGCAGCCUACUCUACUAUUACAGUGUGGAUAACCACCUUCCUCUCAGGGGGGAUACCAAUUGUGUUGGUCAUCAUCUUUAACUACCUCAUUGGGCACUAUCUGUGUCGCGCCAGCAACCUCUUUACCAAGGAGGAACGUCGCUUCAUGCAUGGGAGGAGCACCAGGGGGAUGUUGAGGAGGACCAUCCUGCUACUGGGCACUGUCUCUGUGGCUUUUGUUGUGCUCAGCCUGCCCCGCUUUGUCACAUACUGCAUCCUAAGGACAAAGUACAAUAAGGAGAACUUUGACAGGAACAACUACAACAUUCCCAUCAAUGUGGCUGGAGACUUGGCCAACAUGCUGCAAAACCUCAACUCCACCACCAACUUCCUGCUCUACUGUAUGGUCAGUCGGCGCUUCCGGAGGGAGCUUGUCCAGGUGGUGACUUGUAAGGUGAAAGCAUGUGAGCUAGGCUCUGUCCUCACACAUGCCACCAUGAAGGUUUUCUCAGUUGUGGAUCAUAAAGCUUCACCAUCCACUGACCCUGUGACAGUAGUCCUAACCAAUCACAGACAGUGUAGAAAGGAUCUGGAAGAAUAGAUAAAGGUCACAUUUUAAAUGUAAUUAUCCUUUAACCAUAAGAAAACUUCCUGGCCUUGGAACUUCUAUUUUGACAAAGUGAUUUUAACUUGAGUACCAAUUAGGGAUGUAACAGUAUGAAAAUUUCACACCGCGGUAAUAGUGACCAAAAUUAUCACGGUUAUCAGUAUACCGUGGUAUUUUUAUAAAAUGUCUUCAAAAUGUUGAAAAAACACUGAUGA